AUGACCCAAGAAAAAAACUCGGAUUCCACAGCAACAGGAGAAUCUCCAAAAGUCAAGAAUGGAUCGCCGGGACCAUCUUCGGAUCAGCAAGGAGCGCCAAUUGGUAGCUUGCAGCACUUAAAACCGGACUUUGUGCUGAAGGUUCUGUACCUGGCUGAUCCGAAGACUCUGGAGCCUCAAACCGAGUCCGAUACCAAUCUUCAAAGGCUGAUCAAGACACUGGAUCUCAAUGGAUUCCAGAUAAGCAUUAGGCCCCACUCCGAUUCCAACCAUCUGCUUGUUUUCAUAAAGCUAAAGGACGAUCUAUUUGAGAAGCUAGCAAAGAAAACCAAAGACAUUGAAGGCUUCUACGGAGUUGUGGCAUCUUCAGACAUUUCCACAGCAGAUAGAAUCAGACUGGUGUACACUAAGCUGACAGGAGGGAAAACCGAAGGUAACGCAGAAAUCACUCCUGGAGCAGGCAACUGGAAGUUCGUCGAGACCUGUGUUCCUGUUGCCAACCACGAGGCUAUACAGAAAGAAGCUCGGAGCUUAAAGAGCAACUUGCUGAAAUUCUUCAGCGAGCCAUUCUCCUCAAAGCAGUCCGAUUUUCUGCUUCAAAACUUCGGCUCUCCAACUGCUUUCUAUUUCCAGCUGAGCAACUUGUACAUCUACUGGCUCGCGUUUCUAUCCUUAAUUGGAGUGGUUUGCAACCGUGUGUACGGCAGGUAUUCCAAGGCAUUUACUGUUCUCAACCUGCUGAGUGGUCUUGGGUUUUACCUGAGCUGGUACUUCAAGGAGAAACAGCUCUCUAUAAAGUGGAACCUGACCAACGUGUCGAAGUUGGAGUUCAGGACAUCUGGCUCAAAAAUUCUGCCACACCAGGUGCUUCUGCGCAAGCUUAUGUUCACUCCAAUAGCUGUCGGCGCCGGCUUGACUUUGGUGUUUUACCAACUGGGCUGUUUUGUCAUAGAAAUUCUCUUGACAGAGAUUUACCAAGGCCCGCUCAAAAGCUACCUCUCGUUGGUCCCUACCAUCUUGAUUUGCUCCAUAGUCCCUGUAUGCACUGCUGUCUACACAGUGGUGGUCAAUGGUUACCUCUCGUUUGAGGACAAUGCCAGCAGGAGCACCAAGAGGAAAUCGUUUUUGAUCAAGAUGUUCGUGUUCAACUUUCUAGCCAGUUACAUGGCUCUAUUCAUCACGUCAUUUAUUUACCUUCCAUUCGGAUACAAGCUCAACGAAUAUCUGCCUCACAUUGGAUCUUACGCUGAGAAGGUGUCCAGCUCUAAAUCAUACAUUCCGAAGAUCGCUCUGCUACAAUCUGAUUACGAAAUCAACAAGCUGAGACUCAAUACACAGUACACAUAUUUCAUUCUGACUAACCAGAUUGUGGGAUUGCUGCUGGAGUUCGUGCUUCCUCAAGUGCUAACCAGGGUCUUUGCACUGCCAGCUGUGAAAUCGCUCAUGGGUGGUGCCAAGCUGCUACCGGUCAAGCUCACCGAUCCUCCUGAGGAGAAGGAGUACCUCGACAGCAUUCGCAAGAUGAUCGAGCUACCAGAGUUCUCAGCAGACGACGAGUUCAGACAGCUUGUGAUCCAAUUCGGAUUUCUUAUGCUUUUUGGACCAGUCUCGUCGCUCGGCCCAGUCAUAUCCUUGGUUAUAGAGCUAUUUCAGGACAAGGCAGAUUACUUCAAGCUUCUCAACCUCACCAGGGCCCCUCUUCCAGAGCGCGCUGAAAACGCUUUCCCAUGGACUGUCUUCAUCAAGGUUCUACUGACCAUUGGCACCCUCACCUCAACUUCUAUAUCUUUGAUGUAUAAUGGAGGAGACAUUGUUGCAUCGACGUCUCGCACGUCAGUGAAAAACAGCUGGUACUUGAUUCUCCCAUUUAUUGUCACUGGAGGAAUUCUCGUGCACUUCGUUUCGCUCUUUGGCGAGAUGAUCAUCAACGAGUAUUAUGUCGAAGCGUCGCCAGAAACUGCCAAAAAAGAAGAGGCACUGGCCAUACUACUAGAAAGAGAGGAAGAAGAAAAACCUUCGACUUAUAUUAACAACGUCGACGAGCUGCUUAAGUUUGCCUCCGUUCUACCAAGGAGAGUCAUAGUGGAGGAUAAAAAGACUAAAUAG